AGAGAUCUCCAAAAUCCCCCGCUCCUCUGGUUUCCUUUCUCACACAAGGUAAAAUUUACUCUCUCUCUCACUUUCUCACUCACAAGAAGCCUCCAUGGCUUCUUCUGCUUCUGCAAUCACAACCACCCUUUUCCGUCUCUCCCUAAUCCAUUUGGCACCAUCACCCUCCCCGUCAUCUCCUUACACAAUCCCAUUCUGUUCCCCCAAUCCCAAGGUCCAAAUUCAUCCCACAUAUUAACCUUCGGGAUUCGAUAGUCCGGUUGCUCGCAUACUUUUAUGUGUCUUGCUUGCAGGGUCCGAAAUACCGAUUCCGAUUGUCUUCUUCAAUGGCGUCCGAACCGAAAGAUUUUCCGGCCAACAAUCCGGUCCUCCAGGCCACCCCAGAUGAAACGACUUGGGGUUACAUCACGCAGCAAACUAUGUUCCGAAUUAAGGACCCGAAAGCGAGUCACGACUUUUAUUCGCGUGUGUUGGGAAUGUCGCUACUUAAGAGGCUUGAUUUUCCAGAAAUGAAGUUUAGUUUGUACUUUUUGGGCUAUGAGGAUCCUGCGUCAGCUCCAACUAACUCGGUUGAUAGAACAGUUUGGACCUUUGGUCGGAAAGCUACAAUUGAGUUGACACAUAAUUGGGGUACUGAAAGUGAUCCAGAAUUUAAAGGAUAUCACAAUGGGAAUUCAGAACCUCGGUGCUUUGGACACAUUGGCAUCACCGUUGAUGAUACAUACAAGGUGUGUGAGAGAUUUGGAAGUCUGGGGGUGGAAUUUGUGAAAAAGCCUGAUGAUGGAAAGAUGAAAGGUAUAGCAUUCAUUAAAAGAUCCUGAUGGUUAUUGGAUUGAGAUCUUUGACCUUAAAACUAUAGGAACAGUCACAGCUGAUGCUUCUUGAAUUCAUGGAACUUUAUUUUCAGGUUAAUUUCAAUCUUCUUAUUCAUGCUUUUAACUGAUUGUGACCAAAUUCUUCUAUUCGAAUCUCUACAGGAUUGGAUUUCAAAACAUUUGGUUUACUGGCCUACCGCAUCUUGUGUAUUGGAAGCUUAACGAUGCUCAUCUGCUAACCACUGUGUUAAGCAUUCUCUUUUAUUAUUAUAUUCCCUACCUUCCCUCAGAAACAUGAUCAGACGUUGCACUGAUUCAUGGUAUUUGAGCCAUUCAAAGUGCUUGUCUUCAAGUGUUUAUGCAUUUUUGCAUGCAUGGAUGACUACAUUGUGCAGACGUAGGAUCAGGCACGGAUGCGGGAUUGAAAAACGGGGUGGGCUGAACUUCUAAGCUAAUUUUUUUCUCAAUCACAUUUUUGGCCUAGUCUCUUUUGUUUUUGUGACAUUUUACAAAUUUUACAUAACCUAAGAAGCAUAAGAGUCAUUUCAUAACAUCUAUAUAGGACAUGUCAUUAAGGAAAUUAAAAUAAUUGCAAUAAUCUAGAUUAUUAUUACUAUUUUACCAGUGGACUGCUCAGUUUACAUUUGGAACUUGGAAAGCAACGUGUCAAAAGCAAUUUACACAAACCAAACACGAUUCUUGAUCCAAGUGACUGUCAAUAAAAACCAAUAAACUAAAAAAAAAAAAAAGAAAAAAAAAGUGUUUUGGUUAUAGUUGCAGCCUUAGAGAUGCUCUAAGAAUUACAGGUCAUCUUCUUCGUUAGGAAAAUACACGUCUAAAACCCAAUCAUAUUGCACCGCCGUCUACAGAAGGCAGCAAUAGCUGUGAGCACUGGCUAAUGGUUAAGAGUGAGAGGGUCAACUGGGAGCUGGGGUGGGCUGGGAUUGGCUGCAUACAUAACUUUUUUCUUCUUUGUCUCUGUCAUAGGUUAGGCUAUAGCACAGCCCAGCCUUAGCCGGGUCCGUGCCUGUGUAGGAUAGUGCAAGAGGGGUAUUUACAUUGAGUAUGGUGCAGAUGUAUCCUUAGGUUUAUCUGAUUUGAUAGGAAAAGAAAUUCUAGUGCACCAGAAUGCGAAUACAUUUAUCCUGUGAUAGCAUUUGGCCAUUAACACUUAUGGUGGUUCUGAAAUUUGAAUGCUUGCUUUUUACAAAAACCUGGAAUCUCCAGAAAAAGGGGACCAGCUGGUAUAUCGUAGCUUAUCUGAGAUCUGGACAGCAGCAUGUGUAGUCGCAUAUGGUAUGCAUAAUGGGUUUAAUAUUUUGAUUUUAUAGGUCAGCAGUAAGCAUAGAAAAUUUCAUUCAUAGAAAGGAUGUGGGACCUUUGGAUUUCUCAGCUAUGUACAUUGGUGUGUGGGUGCUCACACUGGAAGUGUGAAAUUUCAGGUAUCUGUUUCCUGCAUUCCAGGUAUAUCUAAAACCGAAAAUGUUCUUUUAGCGUCGACCAGUUUGCUGCUUGUAUGGCAAUGUCAUGAACCAGUUUAUAACUUUAUAGAUGCUACUACUUGCCUUUGGCCCUGCGGGUGUAUCCGUGUAUGUUUUCCAGGUGUUAAUUAGGUGUCGUAGCUUGUAUAUAUCAGACAUGAAUCGGUUACAUUAACUACUGCACCCUUCUGUUUUUCUUACCGUGGUGGGUUUUCUUCUUUAUGCAAAGAAAUUUCAGGCAUUUCUUGAAGGUUAGGUACUAACAUAGUUGUUUAUCAGCACUUUAAUGCAGGUGAGCGGAGGUGACAACUUACACGCUACAUGGUUUCUCUGUUUGUCCUGAUAUAUUGGCACUUGUUCUUGUGUUUGUUUUGUUUCUCGUUGGUGUCUGGAGUUUUUGUUUUGUCUACUCGAUUGUACGAACUUAAUCCUGAUGAUCUUAAUAUGUUUAUUUAAACCUUUCACAGAUCAAGUGCAACUUUUGCAAGUA